UUGUCAAAUCUCUCUGCAGCUUCACCUCCCUUUGGCCAUAACUUUGUGCUCAAGACGUUGUGUUUCAUGGCUCCAUCUCCACCAUCAGUCUUUGGAGUAUUUGCCCUUGAACCUCUCCCCCACUGGAGGCCAAGUCCUGCCCUAAGCAGCUGUGUGUGCUUAGUCCUGUAAGCUCAGGGGAUGCUGCAGCCAUGCAAGGUGGAGAACAGAUGGGCAGUCCUCGCUGGAGCUACAGCAGUUAUUUAUCCCCUUUAAGCAAGGGUGGCCAGUGCUGUGUCAAGCUGAGCAGCGUGGUCUGCAGGGAAAGAGCUGUUUGUUGGGCACAAACAUCCCCCUGGCUGCAGUGAGGGGAGAGGAGCCUCCGCUGCAGAUCCAGGACUCUUCUGGAAGGAAAAAUACCAGUUUGGUUUGGUGGCUAAUUAGAUAUUUACCAGGAAGGAAGAGAAGUUAAAAAUAGGGUGACGGUGACUUCAAAAGGUGUUUUUGACUUCUAAGAAUAACACCUUUGCUGGCGCUGGUUUCAGAAAUAUCAGCUGUGCCUGGGUGUGAAAGACAGAGGAGCAGCAGUGGGUAGCAGAGGGAGCAAACCCGGCCCUCCUGGCCCCACGGGAGCAGCUGAGGAGGGGACAUUUGCAUCGCUGGGAGGGCCUGUGGAGAGCCCAGCUGCACCCACGGGGACACAGCAGGGGGAGUCUGGGGAAGAUGAAGCCACCCCUGCCCUGGCUCGGGCGGGAGGGGACGUGUGGCACCAUGGGGACCCCUUCCCUGCAGGCAGUGCUGGUGGUCGCGGUGGCGCUGGCCGGGCUCUCGGCUCCCUGUCCCACCUGUGGGCAGCCCAACUUCAUCGUCAUCCUGGCGGAUGAUGUGGGCUGGGGGGACCUGGGGGCCAACUGGGCAGAGACGAAGGAGACCCCGCAUUUGGAUGAGUUGGCUGCUGAAGGGACAAGGUUUGUGGAUUUCCACUCGGCUGCUUCCACGUGCUCCCCAUCCCGUGCCUCUCUGCUGACGGGGCGUCUUGGGGCACGCAACGGGGUGACCCACAAUUUUGCCAUCACGUCAGUUGGUGGCCUCCCCCUGAAUGAGACCACCCUGGCCGAGGUGCUGCAGGAGGCUGGGUACAGCACGGGGGCUAUAGGCAAGUGGCACCUGGGACACCAUGGCCACCAUCACCCCAGCUUCCGUGGCUUUGACUACUACUUUGGGAUCCCCUACAGCAAUGACAUGGGCUGCACAGACACCCCUGGCUACAACCUGCCACCCUGCCCGUCCUGCCCACGGCACGGCACGGCUGCCAGGAUCACAAGGAAGGACUGUUACACAGAGGUGGCCCUUCCUCUCUUUGAGAAUGUUACCAUCGUCCAGCAGCCCGUCAACCUCAGCAGCCUGGCGGGACGCUACGCAGAGAAGGCAGCGUGGUUCAUCCAGCAGGCCAGCCACAGCGGCCGCCCCUUCUUCCUCUACCUGGCACUGGCCCACAUGCACGUCCCCCUGGGGGUCCCCCCACCUGCCCUAGGCCAGGGCAGAGACAUCUAUGGAGCUGGCCUGAGAGAGAUGGAUGCCCUGGUGGGACAGAUCAAGCAGGUCGCCGACAGCCAUGGAAAGGGCAACACGCUCCUGUGGUUCACAGGUGACAAUGGCCCCUGGGCACAGAAGUGUGAGCUGGCAGGACGCUUGGGGCCAUUUGUGGGGGCCUGGCAGAGGCAGCAAGGUGGGAGCUCAGCAAAGCAAACAACCUGGGAAGGAGGGCACCGGGUGCCAGCCCUGGUGUACUGGCCUGGUCACAUCCCAGCCAGGCGGACGAGCCACGCUCUGCUCAGCACCCUGGACAUCUUCCCUACGCUGGUGGCCCUGGCUGGGGUGGCACUUCCCCCGAACAGGCGCUUUGACGGCUUGGACGUGUCCCCGGUUCUCUUUGGAUGGUCGGAUGUGGGGCACAAGGUUUUGCUCCACCCCAACAGUGGGGCAGCUGGGAAGGUCGGUGAGAUAGAGACACUUCGGCUGGCUCAGUACAAGGCGUUUUACACCACAGGAGGGGCCAUGGCUUGCGAUGGGAGCGUUGGGCCAGCCAAGCAUCACCAUCCACCCCUCAUUUUCAAUCUGGAUCGUGAUAUCCAGGAGCAGGAGCCUUUGGAUGUGGUGUCCAGAGAGUACCAGGUGGUGCUGCCUGCAAUCCACAGGGCUUAUGCCCAAGCUCUGGAGGACAUCUCAACGGACAACAUCACUGUUGCAGAUUACUCCCAGGAUCCAGCUGUGACCCCCUGCUGCAACGCACGGCACGUGGCCUGCAGGUGCCAGGCACUGGGGGCUGACACAGCCACGCUGGACCAUCCCACGGGUGGAGGAGCAACCUGGCUUUGUCAUUAAGGAAACAAUUGCUUAGGCUGCUCCUUUCCCUGAGUCUGGUUUCUGUGAGCAGAACUGUUGUGCAUGUUGGCACCAGGUUGGAGUUGGCUGCGGAGGAGAGAGAUGGCGGCUGCAGUCCCCUUUGCUCUGUGCUAUGAAGCAGGGAGGUGAGUUAGUUGUGGGUCUGUGAGACCACCUGGAGGGUCCCCUUUCCUGCAGAGCAGGACUGUCCCCCAGCAGGACUGUCCCCUGGGGCUGGAGGAGCUGGGCACUGCCAUACCUGGUGGCAUGUUGAAGGAGACAGGCUCUUUGAAAGGCUCUUAAGCUGAGAAAGAGCCAAGUCCUGGAUUGAAACUACCUUCUCUGACA